CGCCCCGGAAGCCGGAAGUGCCUCACGGCAGCUUUCCGGUGGUGGGAAAGUGAACGAAGUCCGAAUCAAAGCGCCGCGUCCUGAUGCAGGUGGGGUGCCUGUGGAAGAGGGAAGGCAGGCGACUGCAUAGGGCCUGACUCGGGAGGCCAGCGGAUCGGCACCUGCAGAAGCAGGCAGCGGCAGAGAGGGAAUGGUGCGGGGAGGCGCUGAGAAGGCGGCGCAGUCAGUCCCUCUCAGGGUUAGUGAAUGAGGCUCUCCGUCCGGGCCGGCCCGGGGACUGUGCGCUGCGGGUCCCAGCAUGAGUGCGGGCCCCGGCUGUGAGCCCUGCACCAAGCGACCCCGCUGGUGCGUUGCUGCAACUUCUCCGCCUGCUGCUUCCGACGCCCGGAGCUUUCCCGGCAGGCAGAGGCGCGUCCUCGACCCCAAGGACGCUCACGUGCAGUUAAGGGUCCCACCGUCCUCGCCAGGCUGCGUCCCGGGGCGGGCGGGACCGCACAGAGGCCGCGUCACCUCGCUUGGUACGAGACAGGUGUACCUAACCACAUGGUUGGACACUAAAAAGCUUUUUAGCAAGGCAGGGGAUACCAUGUGUUUGCAUAGUAAAGAAAACAACAAUACGAGAAUAGAAUCCAUGAUGAGUUCUGUACAAAAAGAUAACUUUUACCAACAUAAUGUAGAAAAACUAGAAAAUGUUUCUCAACUAAGUCUUGAUAAAUCACCUAUUGAAAAAAGUACACAGUAUUUGAACCAGCAUCAGACUGCAGCUGUGUCUAAGUGGCAAACUGAAGGGAAACAUACAGAGCAGCUUUUGGAAAGUGAACCUCCAGCAGUAACUCUGGUACCAGAGCAGUUCAGCAAUGCUAACAUUGAUCAGUCACUCCAAAAUGCUGAUGACAGUGACACAGAUAGUGAAGACAACAGAGAUAACCAACAGUUUCUGACACCUGUAAAGCUUGCAAAUGCAAAGCAGACUACAGAAGAUGACGAGGCCAGAGAAGCCCGAAGCCACCGAAAAUGCAGUGAGUCUUGCCAUUCUAUGGAAGACUGUGCAAACUGUCAGCAGGAAGAGAUAGAUGUGGUCCCAGAGAGUCCAUUGUCGGAUGUGGGCUCUGAGGAUGUUGGUACUGGACUGAAAAGUGACAGCAAAUUGAGUAGACAAGAAAGUAGUCUAGGAAAUUCUCCUCCAUUUGAGAAGGAAAGUGAACCUGAGUCACCAAUGGAUGUAGAUAAUUCCAAAAAUAGUUGUCAAGACUCAGAAGCAGAUGAGGAGACAAGUCCAGUUUUUGAUGAACAAGAAGAUGGUAGUUCUCCCCAAACAACGAAUAAACCUUCGAAGUUCCAAGCAAGAGAAGCGGAAACUGAAUUUAGGAAACGUUACUCUACUAAAGGAGGUGAAAUUAGAUUACAUUUCCAAUUUGAAGGAGAAGAAGCUCGUACUGCAAUGACUGAUUUAAAUGCUAAACUACCUGGAAGUACUUCCAGCCUAAAUGUAGAAUGCAGAAAUUCCAAGCAGCAUGGAAAAAAGGAUUCUAAAAUCACAGAUCAUUUCAUGAGAAUGACUAAAGCAGAGGACAGAAGAAAAGAACAAUGUGAAAUCAAACAUCAAAGAACAGAAAGGAAGAUCCCUAAAUACACUCCGCCUCACCUUUCUCCAGAUAAGAAGUGGCUUGGAACGCCUAUUGAGGAGAUGAGAAGAAUGCCUUGGUGUGGGAUUCGGCUGCCUCUCUUGAGGCCAUCUGCCAAUCACACAGUAACUAUUCGGGUAGAUCUUUUGCGAGCAGGAGAAGUUCCGAAACCUUUCCCAACACAUUAUAAAGAUUUGUGGGAUAACAAGCAUGUUAAAAUGCCUUGUUCAGAACAAAAUUUGUACCCUGUGGAAGAUGAGAAUGGUGAACGAACUGCAGGGAGCCGGUGGGAGCUCAUUCAAACAUCACUUCUCAACAAAUUCACUCGACCUCAAAACCUGAAGGAUGCUAUUCUGAAAUACAAUGUGGCAUAUUCUAAGAAAUGGGACUUUACAGCUUUGAUUGAUUUCUGGGAUAAGGUACUUGAAGAAGCAGAAGCUCAACAUUUGUAUCAGUCCAUUUUGCCUGAUAUGGUAAAAAUUGCACUCUGUCUGCCAAAUAUUUGUACCCAGCCAAUACCACUCCUGAAACAGAAGAUGAAUCAUUCCAUCACAAUGUCACAGGAACAGAUUGCCAGUCUUUUAGCCAAUGCUUUCUUCUGCACAUUUCCACGAAGAAAUGCUAAGAUGAAAUCGGAAUAUUCUAGUUACCCAGACAUUAACUUCAAUCGGUUGUUUGAAGGACGUUCAUCAAGGAAACCAGAGAAACUUAAAACUCUCUUCUGCUACUUUAGAAGAGUCACGGAGAAAAAACCUACUGGCUUGGUGACAUUUACAAGACAGAGUCUUGAAGAUUUUCCAGAAUGGGAAAGGUGUGAAAAACCCUUGACACGAUUGCAUGUCACCUAUGAAGGUACCAUAGAAGGAAACGGCCGAGGCAUGCUACAGGUGGAUUUUGCAAAUCGCUUUGUUGGAGGCGGCGUAACCAGUGCAGGACUUGUACAAGAAGAAAUCCGAUUUUUAAUCAAUCCUGAGUUGAUUGUUUCACGACUCUUCACUGAGGUGCUGGAUCACAAUGAAUGUCUUAUUAUCACAGGUACUGAACAGUACAGUGAAUACACAGGCUAUGCUGAGACAUAUCGUUGGGCCCGGAGCCAUGAAGAUGGGAGUGAAAGGGACGACUGGCAGCGGCGCUGCACUGAGAUAGUUGCCAUUGAUGCGCUUCACUUCAGACGCUACCUUGAUCAGUUUGUGCCUGAGAAAAUGAGACGGGAGCUUAACAAGGCUUACUGUGGAUUUCUCCGCCCUGGAGUUUGUUCACAGAAUCUUUCUGCAGUGGCCACUGGAAACUGGGGCUGUGGUGCCUUUGGGGGUGAUGCUAGAUUAAAAGCCUUAAUACAGAUACUGGCAGCUGCUGCAGCCGAGCGAGACGUGGUUUAUUUCACCUUUGGGGACUCAGAAUUGAUGAGAGACAUUUACAGCAUGCACACUUUCCUCACUGAAAGGAAACUUACUGUUGGAGAAGUGUAUAAGCUGUUGCUACGAUAUUACAAUGAAGAAUGCAAAAACUGUUCCACCCCUGGACCAGACAUCAAGCUUUAUCCAUUUAUAUACCAUGCUGCUGAGUCCUAUGCAGAGGCCACUGACCAGCCAGGGCAAAGGACAGGGACCUGAGGAGCCAAAUGAAUAGACCUUCUCCCACCUCUCACCAGGGAUGUUCUGGUUGAAUUUUCAGGUGUACAUAUGAACUGAUUUAAGUUAAUAUAAAUGUGUAUAUAAUCC